CUGCCAACAUCUCCUUAGCAACACAGCACUUUCCUCACCUCACCUCACGAGCCUCCGACCAAGGUCAACGAAACUUUGACGAUCGUCACGACCGUCUUCUACCUCUUCUAGCCAGCCAGUCAGCUUAGAGCCGGAGGUGCUCCAUCCCAUAUCCGCCGACUCGCACGGGCACCGUCUAGCCGUCUACGACAGCUUUCUGCCUUUCUUCUGUACCAAGAGUGCUAAACUACCACCUCUAGGGAAUGGCGCCAGACCCUAUCCGCCGCAAGCUCGUCAUCGUGGGAGAUGGAGCAUGUGGAAAGACUUCGCUGCUCUGCGUCUUUGCCAUCGGCGAAUUUCCUCAGCAAUAUGAGCCUACCAUCUUCGAGAACUACGUCGCGGAGAUCAGGCUGGACGGCAAGCCGGUGCAGCUGGCGCUAUGGGACACAGCAGGCCAAGAAGAGUACGAGCGCCUUCGCCCUCUCUCAUACGCCCAGGCGCACGUCAUCCUCAUCGCCUUCAGCAUUGACACGCCGGACUCACUAGAGAACGUCACGGUCAAGUGGAUUGAGGAAGUGCGCCAAAUCUGCGGCCCUCAUGUACCAGUGAUACUCAUUGGCUGCAAGAGGGAUCUGCGAGACGACGCCAUGGCAAGAGGCAGACAGUUGGACGGAUACUUUGUCAGUCAGGCUCAGGGCAGCGAAGUUGCACAGCAGAUUGGAGCUCGAUCGUAUUACGAGUGCUCGGCGCUCAAGAACGAGGGUGUUGAUAACAUCUUCGAGGCGGCCACACGCGCAGCGAUGCUCUCCAGACCAGCACACAGCGGCGGCAACAGAGGCUCUGGCGGCGAGAAGGGCUCAGGGUCCAAGUCUGGACGCAAGAACAGCAACGAGGCAGGAGGGUGUCAAUGCGUUGUACUGUAAAUACCAACCAACGACAACGACGUCGCACCCUCGCUGGCUACCGCAACAACUACCACUUGAGGUCAAGCAGCGUCGAUCCUUCUAGCCAUGCCAGCACGACACCCCGUCUCUCCAAUAGAAGCAACACUCAGCACUUCCCUGUCCUUUCUACCCUUCUCAUCCCGCUCACCGUCGACAGCGCCC